AUGGUGGCUCAAAUACAGUAUUUCUCAUCAGACACUAUCAAUGUUGCUACAGCCGAUCCAAGUGUUGAAAAACGAACAGCAAACUACAAGCCAAAUAUAUGGAAAUAUGGCCUCUUCCUACAAUCUCUCGAUUGCAAAUUCUCUGAAGAAGGGUACACAAAGAUAUCAGCCCAGAAGCUAAAUCAAGAAUUGAAAUCCUUGUUUGUCAAUGUCAAAGAUACACUGUCCAUACUAAGCCUUGUGGACAGCAUAUCAAAAUUGGGGUUGGCAAGUUAUUUUCAAGAGGAAAUCAAACAAUGCCUCAACGCCAUAUUAAUCAGCUCCCAAGAUAAUUCCACCUCAACCAUGGAAAAUGAUCUUUAUGCAACAUCACUUUGCUUUAGGCUUCUUAGGCAAUUUGGUUAUGAAGCUUCACAAGAAAUGUUUGGAGGAUUCGUGAAUGAAAACGGAAAAUUCAAGCCGAGUACUACAGCAUUCAAAAAAGAAGCACUGGUGGAGCUUUUUGAAGCCUCGAAUCUAGGUUUUGAAGGGGAUAAUAUAUUAGACGAGGCAAGAUUGUUUGCCAUGCAGUCGCUCCACAUAUAUUUUGAUGCAAAUUCCGACGAUUAUUUCAAGGAAGCAAUGGAUGGUAAGAAUGUUCUUCCUUUGCACUGGACAGCCCAAUGGUACAAUAUCAAGAAACAUAUUCGUACACACGAAACAGAAGGCAAGACAAACUCCAAGUUGUUGGAGUUGGCUAGACUUAACUUCAACAUAGUUCAAUCCACGCAUCAGAAUGAUCUCAAGGAUAUAUUAAGGUGGUGGAUGGAUCUUGGAAUAAGUGAAAAGCUGAGUUUUUCAAGGGAUAGAAUGGUGGAAAGUUUCCUAUAUGCAGGGGGAGUUGCAUAUGAGAAUGAACAUGGGAGUUUAAGAAAAUGGCUUAGCAAAUUCAUUAAGUUGGUCUUGAUAAUUGAUGAUGUUUAUGAUAUUUAUGGAUGUUUGGAGGACUUGGAAUGCUUCACCACUGCUGUAGAUAGGUGGACGUUCGAGGAAGCCAAAAACCUACCACAGUGCAUGCAAAAAAGUUUGUGGACAUUGUACGACACAACAGUGGAAAUAUCAGCUGAAAUUGAGGUGGAGAAAGGUUGGAACUCGGUGAUGCCACAUUUACAAAAAGCUUGGGGAGAAUUUUGCAAAUCCUUACUCAUGGAAGCAAAGUGGGAUCAGAAGGGUUACACACCUUCUCUUCAAGAAUAUUUGGGCAAUGCGUCCGUAUCUUCAUCCGGCCCUUUGCUUUCUCUGCUUGUGAUAUUGGGAGUAGAAAAUCCAACCUCAUCAAAAACCGUCUCCGAAAUUCUCCAUGAAAAUAAGGACCUAAUAUACUAUAUCUCCUUAAUCAUACGUUUAUGCAACGAUGAAGGAACUUCCACGGCAGAACUAGAGAGAGGAGAUGCUCCCUCGUCGAUUUUGUGUUAUAUGAGAGAAUCAAACGUGUCGGAAGAGAUUGCAAGGGAACACAUCAAAAGCAUAAUAUUAAAGAUAUGGAAGCAAAUCAAUGGCAUUUGCAUCAGCAAGAGAAUCAGUACUCCCUUUGUGAAUGAUACAAUCAGACACUACUUGGUCAACCAAGCCAGGGUAGCACAUUUCAUUUACCAACAUGGAGAUGGAUUUGGUGAACAAGACAAGAAACGAGUUCUCUCAAACUUGAUUGAACCUUUGGCGCUUAAUUAG